AUGAAGCAAACGCUAACUAAAGUUUUAACUCGUCCAGCUACCACGCGCAGUUUUUCCAUCCGUAGCUCACAGCCAGUAGCAGGUAUCGAGACGUCAGCACUAACAUCUAAAUACACGGUUGUCGAUCAUGAAUACGAUGCUGUUGUUGUGGGUGCUGGUGGCGCUGGUCUGCGUGCAGCUAUGGGAUGUGCGGAAGCAGGUUUGAAAACUGCUUGUAUCUCCAAGCUAUUCCCUACGCGAUCGCAUACUGUGGCAGCUCAAGGCGGCAUUAAUGCGGCGCUAGGGAACAUGUCGGAAGACGAUUGGCGGUGGCAUAUGUACGAUACAGUUAAAGGAAGUGAUUGGUUGGGAGAUCAAGAUGCAAUUCACUACAUGUGCAGAGAGGCUCCGGAAGCUGUACGAGAGCUUGAAGACUUUGGUCUGCCCUUCUCUCGUACUGAAGAAGGCAAGAUUUAUCAACGUCCAUUUGGUGGACAGAGUCUUGAGUUUGGAAAAGGAGGUCAGGCACGUCGUACUGCAUGUGCUGCUGAUCGUACAGGUCACGCAAUGUUACACACAUUGUACGGUCGAUCACUUGCGUUUGACACAUCGUACUUCAUUGAGUACUUUGCUUUAGAUUUAAUCAUGAAUGACGCGGGCGAAUGUGUUGGAGUUAUGGCAUUUAAUAUGGAAGAUGGUUCAUUUCAUCGCUUUCAUACAAACAAUACAGUUCUGGCUACUGGUGGCUACGGUCGUGCAUACUUUUCGUGUACCUCAGCUCAUACAUGUACGGGUGACGGUACUGGUAUGGCUUUGCGUGCUGGUAUUCCUCUUGAAGACCCAGAGUUUGUCCAAUUUCAUCCCACUGGUAUUUACGGUGCUGGAUGUUUGAUCACCGAAGGUUCGCGUGGUGAAGGCGGUAUCUUGCGAAACUCAGAGGGAGAACGUUUUAUGGAGCGAUACGCCCCUACAGCUAAGGAUUUGGCUUCGCGUGAUGUCGUGUCGCGUGCAAUGACAAUGGAGAUUCGUGAAGGCCGUGGAGUUGGUAAAAAUCGGGAUCACAUUUAUUUGCAUCUGGACCAUUUGCCAGCUGAAUUAUUGCACGAACGUCUUCCUGGAAUCUCAGAAACGGCUGCUAUUUUUGCUGGUGUCGACGUGACUAAGGAACCUAUUCCAGUAUUGCCAACUGUGCACUACAAUAUGGGUGGAAUUCCUACUAAUCACCUUGGUGAAGUGGUUAUGCCUGAUGUGAAGGGCCUUCCGGAUCCAAACAAGCUGUAUCCAGACAAGAUUGUACCUGGUCUAUUUGCUGCUGGAGAAGCAGCUUGUGCUUCGGUGCACGGUGCUAAUCGAUUAGGUGCGAAUUCCUUACUGGAUCUUGUUGUUUUCGGCCGUGCAUGUGCUCUACGUAUUGCUGAGCUUACAAAACCUGGCGAGAAGAAGCGUCCAAUGCCAAAAGAUGGCGGUCUAAAAGCGAUUGAAGACGUGGAUAAGUUACGUUAUGCUAAUGGUAACAUUGCUACAGCAGAGUUACGUCUAGAGAUGCAGAAGACCAUGCAAGUGGAUGCUGCUGUCUAUCGUACACAAGAGUCAUUGGCGGCUGGAAAAGCUAAAAUUGAUGAGGUUGUACCAAAAUUUAACGACAUUAAGGUGACUGAUCGCUCGCUCAUCUGGAACACGGAUCUUACAGAGACGUUAGAGCUGCGUAACUUGCUCGCUUGUGCUGCUUGUACAAUGCAUGCAGCUGAAGCUCGUAAAGAAUCGCGAGGUGCUCAUGCACGUGAAGAUUUUACAAAGCGUGAUGAUGACAAGUGGAUGAAGCACACUGUUGCUUAUCAUGAUGAGAAGGGCAAGACGCACGUGGCUUAUCGUGCUGUGCAGGAUCAGACUUUGGAUGAAAAUGAAUGCAAGCACGUUCCACCCUUUGCGCGUGUUUACUAA